AUGAAGAGGACUUCCGAAGGCCAUCCGUCCUGCGACAGGAAAGAGGCCCACUCCACCAAGAAAGCGGGACCAGAUGCCAGUUUCGGCGAAUUAAUUGCAUACAAUGAUUCCCCUGAUAUGGAACGCCGACUUCUCCGUAAGUUGGAUCUGUUUAUGAUUCCCACCAUGGGACUUUGCUAUAUGCUUCAAUAUAUGGAUAAACUGGCACUCAGUCAAGCGACCCUGCUGAACUUACGAAAAGACCUUGAUCUUGUUGGCUCACAAUAUACUUGGUGCUCCGCCAUCUUCUACUUUGGAUAUCUGGCUUGGAGCUGGCCGACAUCUUACUUGAUCGUUCGUCUUCCUCUGGGGAAGUACUUGGCUGUAUCUGUGUUCAUAUGGGGCGGGGUCCUGAUGUGCCACGCAGCAUGUCAAAACUUUGGCGGACUACUCACUGCUAGAUUUUUCCUCAGAAUGGGCGAGGCUGCUGUUGCACCUGGAUUUGGUCUCAUCACAGGAAUGUUCUAUAAAGAGAGAAGAGCAACCAGCGCGUACAGGACACUAACAGAAUUGAUGGCUCGUUCUUUUAGUCAAGGUGCAUGGUUUAUUGGCAAUUGCUUAGCGAAUGUCUUCGGUGGUGUCAUAGCAUAUGGAAUUGGACAUGCUGCUUCAAGUCUUCAGAGUUGGCGGCUUCUGUUUCUCGCUCUUGGGGCCAUCACCUCUGGCUACGCUGUCUUCCUCUUCUUCGUGCUUCCCGACUCCCCAGCCAAAGCCUCUUUCCUCACAACGGACGAGCGAAGAAUUGCAGUACAGCGAACACUCGCAAACAAAACGGGGUCGGUGGAAGCGACGCAAUUCGAAUGGGCUCAGGUCUGGGAGGCAGGACGAGACCCACAAACGUGGUGUUUGGUUUUCUACACCUUCUGCGUUAAUCUCUGCAAUGGUGGGCUUACCAGUUUCUCUGGCAUUCUGAUUGCUGGUUUCGGGUUCUCUGAUUUCAAAUCGCUUUUGAUUCAAAUGCCAAUGGGCGUCAGUCAAAUAGUCUUUCUGGUCGUUACAGCGACCAUUGCCACAUUCAUAUCAUCAUCUCGGAUUGCAUCUAUGGUUUUCAACGUGCUAGUCUCUUUGACUGGCACUGUUAUGAUCUACACACUUGACGAUAGCCAAAAAGUUGCUAAGAUGGUUGGGCUGUGUUUUGUCGCAGCAUUUGCAGUCAAUAUUCCUCUUAGCUUGAGCAUCAUCAGUUCCAACGUCGCUGGUACGACAAAGAGAAGUAUGAUUAGUGUCGGAGUUUUUGCUGCGUACUGUGUUGGCAAUAUCGUGGGGCCUCAGUUCUUUUUGGCUAGCGAGGAGCCGGUAUAUGAGACAGGUAUUCGCGCAUCUUUAUGUGGAUUGGCACUUGGGGUGCUAUUCUUGGGACUACUCUUCACAUAUUACGUGUGGGAAAAUGAGCGGCGAAAUUCUCAGAACGGUCAGGUUCCCGAGGAAAGAGAUGCUGAGGAGAUACUAGAAGAAAGCACCAAAACAGAUCGAAAGAACCCCAAUUUUCGCUAUCUCCUGUGA